AUGGAGGCAGCACUUGGAACCAAGAUGGGACCGUCGCAAACUGAAGCGAUCGGUGGUGCCAGCAAGGGUUUCAUCACGCUCCCAGCCGCUACGCUCAACCGAAGUGCCUCGAGAGAAGCCGCGCACGCAAUUGCGCUACCGAAACGGAAAAGGACUAGAAUAACGAUCUGUACAUAUAACGCAUGUACGCUUGCAUCGGAAGCGGCCAUCGAAGAUCUGAUGAUGCAAGCCAGGAAGAUCAAGUACGACGUCAUCGGACUGACUGAGACGAGACGACGUCACCCUCUCAACGCCGUAUAUGAAACUGGAGAAGAACUGUUCUUAGGAACAUGCGACAGUAGAGGUGUUGGUGGAGUUGGCGUCCUCGUCAACACGAGAACGGCAAAGAACAUCGACUCUUUCGAACAACUUACGACCCGAAUCGGACGUCUGCGGAUGACAAGAUGUGGCCCUACACCAGCUUUGACUAUCUUCGUCGCUUACGCUCCAACAUUAAGCUACGAAGAAGAAGAAGUCGAAGCUUUCUACAUGGACCUGGAGAAGUUCUACAGAGAAGAUCAUGCCUGCUGCAAGGUCAUGAUUGGCGAUUUCACCGCCAAGGUUGGUCCAAGAAGAACGCCGGAGGAACUUCACAUCGGGGCCCACGGCCUACAGUGGAACGAUCAGGGGGAGAGGCUCUCCGACUUCAUCAUGACGACUAAGACCAUCCAUGGGAACUCGCAAUUCCAGAAGCCCUCCUCUCUACGCUGGACGUGGGAGUCACCCAGUGGAGGGUACCGUAAUGAAAUAGACCACAUCAUCGUCAAUAGAAGGUUCUGCCUGAAGGACGUCGCUGUUGUACCAAAGUUCUAUACGGGAUCGGACCAUCGCCUCCUCCGAGGAAGAUUUUCUUUCACAAGGAGAGCAGAGAAAGCAGCCAUGUUCAGAGGAAGAAAUCCCAGAACUAUCAUCAACUGGGACUUCUUCGCUACGCGCCCACAAAUGUUCCAUCGAACACUAUUUUUCGAAUUUCUCGUUCUGGCAGUCUCUUUUUCGGAGACCAAUUUGAAGAAAGCCCCCGAAUGCUCCAAGCUGGAAGGGUUCGUUAUGGUUGGAGUGGACAAAUACGCCUUGAAUGAUAGUAGCAUAAGAGAUCAACUUUAUACUGGAAUCUUGCAGUACGCAACUCAAUCAAUCGAUAUCAAGAUCAAGUACGACAUCAUCGGACUGACUGAGACGAGACGACGUCACCCUCUCAACGCCGUAUAUGAAACUGGAGAAGAACUGUUCUUAGGAACAUGCGACAGUAGAGGUGUUGGUGGAGUUGGCGUCCUCGUCAACACGAGAACGGCAAAGAACAUCGACUCUUUCGAACAACUUACGACCCGAAUCGGACGUCUGCGGAUGACAAGAUGUGGCCCUACACCAGCUUUGACUAUCUUCGUCGCUUACGCUCCAACAUUAAGCUACGAAGAAGAAGAAGUCGAAGCUUUCUACAUGGACCUGGAGAAGUUCUACAGAGAAGAUCAUGCCUGCUGCAAGGUCAUGAUUGGCGAUUUCACCGCCAAGGUUGGUCCAAGAAGAACGCCGGAGGAACUUCACAUCGGGACCCACGGCCUACAAUGGAACGACCAGGGGGAGAGGCUCUCCGACUUCAUCAUGACGACUAAGACCAUCCAUGGGAACUCGCAAUUCCAGAAGCCCUCCUCUCUACGCUGGACGUGGGAGUCACCCAGUGGAGGGUACAUCGUCGUCAAUAAAAGAGAGGCGGUAAAGGAAGACCUUAAAGAGAGAAGAGCAGAAGUGCUGGCUGAAGCUGCAGAGGCGGGAAAAAGCAUCCGCUAUGCCCGUCGAGACUUCGCCAGUCACAAGACGAGGAUGACUGCUCUCCGGAACCCAAAGGGAACAGCCAUUGCAUCGAGAAGGGGGAUGAAAAAAAUCAUCUACGACUUCUACUCUGAUCUCUUCGACAGCCAUGUCCACUUGCCUCUUCACCAUCUGAGGGAAGACGGACAAGUCAUUCCAGAGGUUCUCCCGUCCGAAAUACGACAUGCUAUCAUGUCGGUAAGAAAUCGUACGGCACCCGGUCCCGACAGAAUAAGACCAGAACACCUGAAGAGCCUUCCGCCAGUACUCAACACCCUGGCGAGGCUGUUUAAACGUUAUCUGUCGGAAUGCAAGGUUCCUAAACAGUGGAAGACCAACAAGAGCGUGCUGUUGUAUAAAAAGGGAGAUCCACAUGACAUCGGCAACUAUUGUCCAAUCUGCCUACUGUCCGUCAUCUACAAGCUCUUUACAAAAGUAAUCCUUAAUAGGAUUGAAAAAGUCUUGGAUGAAGGACAGCCAUGCGAGCAAGCAGGGUUUCGAAAAGGAUUCAGCACGAUUUACCACAUCCACACUGUUUCGAAACUCAUCGAGGUAUCACGAGAGUACAAGAUGCCGCUCAUUCUCACCUUCAUCGACUUAAAGAAGUCCUUCGACUCAGUUGAGACGGAAGCGAUCGUGAAAGUCUUGGACAAGCAAGGCGUCCCUACUCAGUACAUAAAGGUACUUCGAGAGUUGUACAGUAACUUCAUGACCGGAAUUUCGCCAUUCUACAAGAACAUCAUCAUCGACGUGAAGAGGGGUGUCCGACAGGGUGAUACAAUUUAA